AUGUCGCUCUUCCAGAAGCUCGCGCACAACCCGCGAGUAUCGCUGGGCCCGCGCGACAUCAAGCAGCUGCAGGACUACAUCUCGAACGAGCGACGACUUGUCGACCAGACGCAGCGGUUGGCGGCGGAACGGGAUAAGGCUUCUGCAUCUCUGCGGGAAUGGGGCAGCCUUGAAGGGCCGGAUCUCGAGGACGUACUGGGCAGGGUCUGCUCGCUGUACGAGUACCUCUCGAAGGCGGAGCUCGCAUUUGCCGAGCACAAUGGGAACUACCGAAUGCGCUUCAAGGAUAUCCGCACAAAGGAGGAGAACUUGUCGUCGCUGAGGAAGUCGAGGGACUCGCUUGCUGGGCGGAUCGAGGCGCAGGAGCGAAAGGUCUCGAAGAUGAAGGAAGAGAACAAGGACUUGCCGACGCAGCGGCAGCGAUUACGGGACAUGCAGCAGGAGAUGAUCGGACUCGAGCAUAGCGUCUUGACCGAGGAGACGAGGUUGAGUGACUUCAAGCGGACGGCGACUCGAGAAGCGCUGAGCCUCAAGUUUGGCGCCAUGCUCGAGCUUGCAGAGAAGACGGUCAUCAUCGCCGAGCUGGGCAAGCUCAUCGUCGACAUGCUCCCGACGGACCAGACCGAGCCAGGCCAGACGCGAGCGUACUACGACGGCUACACGCGGACGGAGGAGUUGUUGCAGGAGGCGCAGCGGUGCUUGCAGGACGUCGUCUUCAACCCGGCGCCCGUCACGGAGGGAUACGCGCAGACUCAGCACCACGCGCGCGAGUACAGCAACGAGGGCGCGCAGCAGCAGACGCCGGCUCAGUUUGAAGACUCGGGCAUUCGGCCUGUCCACGGCGACGACUUUGCGCGCGAGCACGAGCGGUCGUCGUCUCAGCAAGGCGGGCAGUACGGUACCUAUGCCUCGUCCUACGCCCAGCAGCAGCAGCAGUACCCGCCCUAUGACGACGGCCAGCAUCGCGCAGCGCACACUUCCGUCGACUCCUCCCACGGUCCGCAACUCCAGCCUCUCCCCGACUUCCGCCCUCUCAGCGUCAUGAACCCCUCCUCUCAGUACCCUAGCGCACCCACUCCCGCCGUCGACGGCUACGCCUCUCGCAGCCCGAAUCUCGCUCCGCCGGCGCAGGACGACCGCUAUGAUCCGAAUCGGUCGAGCUUGGCGUAUAUGGGCGAGGCGCCGCAGAGCGAGUACUUGCACGACGGACGGCAAGGCGGCACGCAGGAUGAUGUCGAGGCUCGUGAGGCGGAACAGGCGUUUGCGGCUGAGGCGCGCGAGCGGGCGCAGCACGAGCAGAACAUCGCCCAGUCCGGCUACGGGCAGAGCCCGUACGAGUCGGGCUCUGCACCGGUUCAGCAUGUCGAGACUGCUGGAGAAGGCGAGGAGGAUGUCGUCCGCCGCGACAUGCACGCUGGAGCCGACAUGGGUAUCCCUUCCGGCCCGCUCUCGCCCAUCACGGAGGUCCCGACGCCAGCUAUGCCACAAGGGACGACGCCAAACCCGCAGGACGUGUCUGCACCUCGAGCAUCGUCUUCACAGGGACACGGACAGAUCGACUACGCCCGUCCGCCAUCCGCCGCCGAGCAGCGCCACCAAUACGAAGGCGGCCCUCCCGAGCGGUCGUACUCUCCUGCCCCUUCGACCGCCCUCCCGACUUAUGCGACGCACGCCCCGCAGGUCGAGGUUAGCAGCCCGACCUCGUACGGUGCGGCGACGGCAGUCCCGACUUCGCCCCUCGCGCAGCCGCAACCUUCGACGUUGUCAAGCGGCACGACGGGAGCUUUCGAGCCUCGCGCGCUGACGCCAAAGACGACCGGCUCAGGUGAUGCGGGCUCGCGCAACGACCGCCGCCCGAUUCAGAUCCGUCCGGCAGGCGACGCGCUCGGCAGCAAGCACGGCGACGUUUACGUCCCUUCUCGCUUCGAGGCGGCUCCUUAUUCGCCUGCCAGUCCGCGAGCACCCUCAGACGCCGGCAUGUCGGGCUACUUCAACGGUCCUCCCGGCGCCAACAACGCCAGCGGCGAACCGAAGCGCACCCUCCCCGCCAGCGCCUUCCGUCGCCCGCAACCUCCUCCCGGUCCCGGAUCGUACAACUCGGCAGCAGCUAGCGGUCGACUAUUCGCUGCGUCGGGAUACCAGUACGACCCGGCUGCUCAGCCUGGACCGGCUGGACCGUCCGAGAGCGAGUUGAUCGCGCAGCAAUGGCGCGAGACGUCGAUUCCGCAGGGAGCGCCGGGGAUACCGGCGCCGAUGGACCCGCAGGCGGAGAUGGGCACGCCGACGUUCGAUACGAGGCCGUUGCAGGUCAACAAGAACCGAAACGGGAGUGUGGGAGUCGGUCGGAGCGGGACGCUGCCCCCUGGAGCGACAGGCGGUUCUCGCUUGUCGUCCUACGGCGUACCCGAAGGCGCCGCUCCUCCUCAACCCGACUCGUCCAUCGGCGCUCCUCCGCCCAUCACGACUUACAACCCGCCCUCGACCGCCCCCGUCGCGCCCCUCAGCCCGAGCGCGCAGGAAGGGUUCGGCUCGAACCGAUUCGUGACUCGCCUUGACUGA